AUGUGUAUUAUUCCGUUCUUUCUUAUUUGGGAGGCAUCUGUGUUUUUUCCUGAAUUUACCAAAAGAAGAAAGAGAUUAUGUUCUUGAGAAGUUGCUCCCCUCUUUAUUAUUUUUUUAUUGAUUUAUAUACCCAUUAGGGUUAUAUUGCUAGAACUAAGGUAAUCACUCAUCAAAUAUCUCAGCUAAUCUUUCCCUUGAUGAUAUUCUUUCUAGGGUUUGUGUGAUCUUUUCAAUUCUCCUUAUUAGGUCUCUUGAGAUUUGAAAGUUCACAAGCAAGAUUUUCCUUGUCUUUAUGCUUCUUAGCUGUUGCCCAUAAAGGUUAGUAGUCAGGUAUAAUAAUGGUGAGAGGAAAGACUCAGAUGAAGAGAAUAGAGAAUGCAACAAGCAGGCAAGUGACCUUUUCAAAGAGAAGGAAUGGACUGCUUAAAAAGGCCUUUGAGUUAUCAGUUCUUUGCGAUGCUGAAGUUGCACUCAUUGUUUUCUCCAGUAGAGGGAAGCUCUAUGAGUUUUCCAGCUCUAGCCAACAACAAAGCCCAACAUAUCCCAAGCCUUCAACCAAAUCCUAAGCAUAUCCUUUCCUUAGCACAAGUUGUAUGUAUUAAUAGAACAAUAGAACGGUAUCAGAAGAGAGCCAAGGACGUAGGAAUCAGCAGCAAGAUGGUUCAAGACAAUAUACAGCCUGUGAAGGAAGAUACAUUUACUCUGGCCAAGAAGAUCGAGCUUCUUGAAGUCUCUAAAAGGAAGCUCUUAGGAGAGGGAUUGGAAACAUGUUCCACUGAUGACCUACAACAGUUGGAGAACCAGUUGGGGCGAAGCUUAACAAGAAUUAGGGCAAGAAAGAACCAGUUAUUUAGGGAGCGGAUUGAGAAGCUCAAAGGCGAGGAGAAAAUCCUGUUGGAAGAAAACACGAGGUUACGGGAGAAGUGUGGGAUGCAACAACCUGACCUCUCAUCAACCAGGAAGCAACAACUAUUAGAAGACCGACAAAUUACGGAGGUGGAGACAGAAUUGUUUAUAGGACCACCAGAGACACGGCUUGCCCCAAAACCAUAAGACUUGAAUAAUUGCAGUUUCAAAUUUGCAAUACAGUUCCAGCUUCCCAAGUGUCAAUGGUUUUUUCUUUUUUUCAAAUCAUUUGCAUCUGAUAGCUAAUGUCGCGAGUCAAAUAAACUCUCCCAAAUAUAUUACAUAACAAAAAGGGAGUUGAACUAUACCAUUGUGCGAUGAGUUAAAAUAUCUGUUGGAAGAUUAUAUAUAUAUAUAUGAUUCUCUACCAUGCUAUUAAACUUGUUUGUACCAUCAUAUGAGAGAGUCAAAGAGAAGCCUAAAAAAAUAUUUUUGUAUAAUUUGACAAGAAUACUGUGGAUGCAUUGUGUUUGAGUGAGAUAUGAAAACUUUGACAAGAAUA